CGUUAGUGGGUGGCCACAUGAAACUCCCCCCAUCACCAUCAGUGCUGGAUUGGAAGCAGGUCCUCCAGGAGGGCGGGGAGCUUGCCUGUGCACUAGCUAAUUGUCUCCUUUUGGGUUGGCUUCAUGGCUAUUUCUGUAUAGGAAGGUUUGCGAUUCCCCCAAAGGCUGGCUGCGUUGGCUAGCAUGACUAUCCACCGGCUCUGAUUCAUAACAGCACACGGUGCAAAUCAAAUCGAAAUGCUCCAGUUUCCCGUUCACUCCGUGUUAGUUAACCAAGAGGCGCCCCGCAGUCCUGAGACUAGCAAUACCUGGUUAGCAAGUCAGCCUCCUGCCCAGGAUGUUGGAACCAUUAAACGAGGGUUUUCUUUCUAGAGUCUCUGAUCUGCUGCUGUGCGGGUGGUCCUGGCGGCACUGCUGUCACAAGUGCUAUGAGUCCAGCUGUUGUCAGUCCAGUGAGGAUGAAGUUGAAAUUCUGGGGCCUUUCCCGGCCCAGACGCCUCCUUGGCUGGUGGCCAGCCGGAGCAGUGACAAGGAUGGUGACUCUGUCCACACAGCCAGUGACAUCCCGCUGACCCCACGGACCAACUCCCCGGAUGGGAGGCGCUUGUCCUCAGACACAUCCAAGUCCACGUACAGCCUGACUCGGAGGAUUUCCAGUCUCGAUUCAAGACGCCCCAGCUCCCCCCUCAUCGACAUCAAACCCAUUGAGUUUGGCAUUCUGAGCGCCAAGAAGGAGCCCAUCCAGCCCUCGGUGCCCCGACGGACCUAUGUCCCCGACGAUUACUUCAGAAAGUUUGAACCCCGCCUCUACUCCCUGGACUCCAGCAGCGACGAUGUGGACUCCCUGACGGACGAGGAGAUCUUGUCCAGGUACCAGCUGGGCAUGCUGCAUUUCAGCACGCAGUAUGACCUGCUGCACAAUCACCUCACCGUGAGGGUGAUCGAGGCCCGGGACCUGCCGCCCCCCAUCUCCCACGAUGGCUCCCGCCAGGACCUGGCCCACUCCAAUCCCUAUGUCAAGAUCUGCCUCCUGCCGGACCAGAAAAACUCCAAGCAGACCGGGGUCAAACGCAAGACCCAGAAACCCGUGUUCGAGGAGCGCUACACCUUUGACAUCCCCUUCCUGGAAGCCCAGAGGAGGACACUGCUUCUGACCGUGGUGGACUUUGAUAAGUUCUCACGCCACUGUGUCAUUGGAAAGGUUUCCAUGCCCUUGUGUGACGUGGACCUGGUGAAGGGCGGUCACUGGUGGAAAGCUCUGAUUCCCAGUACUCAGAAUGAAGUGGAGCUGGGCGAGCUGCUUCUGUCUCUGAAUUACCUUCCGAGCGCUGGGAGACUGAAUGUGGACGUCAUUCGAGCCAAGCAACUUCUUCAGACAGAUGUGAGCCAAGGUUCAGACCCAUUUGUGAAAGUCCAGCUGGUGCAUGGACUCAAGCUUGUGAAAACAAAGAAGACUUCCUUCUUAAGAGGCACAAUCGAUCCUUUCUACAAUGAAUCCUUCAGCUUCAAGGUGCCCCAAGAAGAACUGGAAAAUGCCAGCCUCGUGUUCACAGUGUUUGGUCACAACGUGAAAAGCAGUAACGACUUCAUCGGGAGGAUUGUCAUCGGCCAGUACUCCUCGGGCCCCUCUGAAUCCAACCACUGGCGCCGGAUGCUCAAUACUCACCGCACAGCUGUGGAGCAGUGGCACAGCCUGAGGUCCCGAGCCGACUGUGACCGCGUGUCUCCUGCCUCCCUGGAGGUGACCUGAGGGCCGCAGGGAAGGCAGCUUU